AUGGCAAUGAAUUUAAAGAAUAGUUCCUCAGGAGGUAAUCUAACAUCAUCACCAUCCUAUAACUCAUUUUCAUCAUUAAAUUUAAGUGGAAAUAGUUUUAAUAAUGGAAGUGGUAGUGGUAGUGGUAGUGGUAGUGGUAGUAAUGAAUACAUUCCACUUUGUUUCAGUAAGGAUGUAUUCACAUCGAAUACAUUUGAAGUUGAUCAAUUUAUUAGUGAUUGUAGAAAACGUGUUAAUUUAGAAUCUGUUCAAAAAGAUUUAAGAGAAUAUAGUAAACAUUUGGAUUCAGAAUUAAUUGAAUUAAUUAAUAAAGAGUAUCAAUCAUUCUUUUCACUUUCAACUUCAUUAGUUGGUUUCGAUACAAUUUUAAAUGAAUUUUCAAUUUCUCAAUCAUCUAUUAAAUCUGAAAUUAAAUCAUUUAAUAAUGAAAUUGUUAAAGUUAGAGGAUUAGUUGAGGAUAAAUUAAAUGAAAAGAAAUCAAUUGAACAAAAGAAAAAACUAUUACAAUUAUAUAUUUCAAUAUCAGAGACAUUAAAUAAUAUGAAUCAUUUAUUCGAUCAAUUAUAUCAAUUAACUCAUCCAAAUGAUUUUAAGAAAAUAAAUAAUAAUAAUAAUAACCACACUAAUAAUGAAACUAAUAUUAACGAUGGUGAUGUAUUAGAAUUACUAAUUGACAGAAUUUCAAAUUCAUUUUAUCAAAUUCAAAAUCAAAUGUCAUCAUUAACAAAUGAUGAAUUAAAAUUUAAUAUAUUUCAAUCAUUAUCACUUAAAAUUAUGGAUUUAUCAAAUAAAAUAGAGGAAAAGGUUGAACCAAUUUUUAAAGAAUCAUUAAAGAGAUUCAUAAAUGUAAAUAAUAAUAAUAAAGAAAUUGUUGAUGAUAAUAAUGAAAAACAAAAUAAAUAUGAUGAAAGAAUAUUACUAGUAUGUUUAAAAACAUUUCAAACUAUAGAUAAAUUAAAUGUACCAUAUAAAUUAUUUAAAACAUUAAUUGUUAAACCUAGAUUAGCACAAAUUGUUUCAUUACGUAAUUUAGAGAUUAAUAAAUCAACAACUGAUGGUUUAUCACAAAUUUAUAAUUCAAUCAUUGAAUUUUUAAAAAAUCAAUGUUCAUCAUUCUUUGAUAUUUCAAAUUUAAUUAAUAAUAAUUUAAAAGAAAAACAAUCAAACAAUAAUAAUAAUAAUAAUAAUAAUAAUAAUAAUAAUAAUAAUAAUAAUAAUAAUAAUCAAAUUAAUAAUAAUAGUAAUAAUAAUAAUAAUAAUAUAAAUAAUAAUAAUAUAAAUAAUAAUUAUAAUAAUAAUAUCAUUUUAUAUAAUAAUUAUAAUUUUAUAUCACAAUCAGUUUUACCAGAAAUUGAUGAAUCACUUGGAUUUUUUAAACAAAUAUUUGCAACUGGUAUACCAGAUUUAUUUUAUAAGAAUUAUUAUUUAACAUUUAAUUUCAUUCAAUCGAUUGAAGUGAAUUUCUUAACCAAUAAAGAAUUAUUAACUCAGUUUAGACAAUCAAGUUCAUAUUCAAGUUUAUGGAAGAAAUGGAAUUUCGCUGUUUAUUUUCAACUUUGUUUUACAAAUAUUGCACAACAUUUUGAAUUCAAUUAUUUAAGAAUACCAUUAUUUGAUCAAUUAACUUUACCAACUAAUAAUAUUACUAAUAAUAAUAAUAAUAAUAAUGAAAAUAAUAAUGAAUUUUAUUUAAAAUCAACAGAUGGUUUAAGAUUAUCAAUGGAUAAAUGUUGGUCAAAUUCAAAUUUCAUUUUUGAUCUAUCUUCAAAGUUUUUCAAACUAUUCCUUCAAUUAAUUGCAAGAUAUGAUACUUUUAUUAGUGAUACUUUAAUACCAUUAGAAUUAGAAUUACAACAACAAUUACAACAACAACAAUUACAACAGCAACAACAACAACAGCAGCAACAACAAAAUAUUGGUGAUUCAGUUAUAAAAAUCACUCCAAAAUCACCACCUUCACUAUCGAAUCAAUCACCAAUAUCAUCAUCAACAACAUUAAAUAAUAAACAAUCAUCACCUGAAAAUUUCAUUUAUAUAAUUUCUGAUAUCUAUAAAAUUAAAUCAAAAAUAUCAACAAAUUAUAAAGAAUUAAUCAUUAAAACUAUUGGAAAUCAUCAAAAUCAACAUGAAAUUUUAAAUUUAAUUAAUGAUGGUAUUUUAGAAAGUUGUAAAACCUUAGAACAAUUAAUACCAAGAAUUUCAAUUAUAAUAGAGAAUCAUUUAAUAUCGAAAUGUUUGGAACCUAUUGAAAUUAUUAGUACACUAAGAUCAACUUAUCGUAUGACUAAUAAACCUGUACCAACUAAACCUUCAAUAUAUGUUUCAAAUUUAAUUUCACCAUUAGAAAUUCUAAUUAAUAAUAAAGCAUCUUCAUUACAUUUCAUUCCACCGGAAAUUAAAUUAAAUUGGGCAAUCUCUGUAUUAACUCCUGUCACUGAAAGUUUUAAAAAUGCCGCAACAAAUUUAAUUCAAAGUGUAACUCAAUCAAAUGAUAUCAUUAAUAAAAUGGUAAAGAAAAGUAAACCAACCACAACCACCAGCGGUGGUGAUAUGUCUGAUAUGGAUAAAAUCUCACUUCAAUUAUAUUUAGAUGUUGAUAAAUUUGGUUUAUAUAUUCAAAAAUUUGGUAUAAAUUUAUUAACUUUCGAACCAUUCUUGGGUUUAAAAUCCAUUGUGGAACCAUUUAAAAAAUUAAUUUUAAAUCAAAAUAAAUAA